UUAAUUCCUAAAAAGAGGGUCACUCAGGAGUAAAAGGCCUUCUGCCCUGUCAUUAAAGCGUGAUAUUUAUUUUCAGCUUGGGCUUGAACAAGAGAAUCCCAUUGAUAUAUACACACACAUUGUAUAUAUAAUCGGUGUGGUUCGGUACAGUAAUGGAACAACAGAAGCGGAAGCGGACAGUGGAAGUUAACGGAAGUGAUUGCCGCCGGUCAAAUUCUCCAGCGAGGCCAUCGUCAAAAUUCUUCAAGAUAAUAUUACCCUCCAUUAUUCGUGAGAAGAGACUGAGGAUCCCCAAAAAGUUUGUCAGGAAGUAUGUUGAUGAACUCUCUACUGUUGCCAUGCUCACUGUUCCCUCUGGCCGUGUUUCGCAUGUGGGAUUAGAGAAGGCUGACAAGAUGCUUUGGUUUUGUGAUGGUUGGCAACAAUUUAUGGAAAAUCACUCAAUCAGUUGCGGGUACUUUUUAGUCUUCACAUAUAAAGGGAAUUCAAGCUUUGAUGUUCUCAUCUUUGAUUUAACUGCCACUGAGAUCCAGUAUUCAUGCAGUAUUCACGGUAGGUCUAAAAAAAAAAUUAAUGGAAAGCAAUGUCAAUUAUCCAAUGAGAAAGAGAUAGAAGAUGAUGACUCUGUUGAAAUUUUGGGGUCCUCAGGUUUUGUUGGAUCUUCAUCUAAAAUUAGUCCGGGACUCAACAAAAAGGGUAAAAGUGCAGCUUUGUUGGAGAGCUUGAAACCCACUCCUCAAUGUCUAAAAAGAAGCAAAAGAUCUAAAAAAGAUAAGCAGCAAACAUUUGAAUUAGAGAAUUUGCAGGAAGCAUGUGGAAGAAAACGAAGCAGAAGCAAAACGUCAAACUGGCAUGAUUCUUUGUUGGAUAAAUCCAAGAGAAUGAACCAGUUUGUGACUAAGAAUGUACAGAAUUUACAAGCAUCGGCUCCACCAGUUCAUGAUAGGGGCUUAGAUCAGUUGAAUGAGAGUGAACUUAAGGAUAAAACAUAUAGAAUUGAUGUAGAGGAGCAGCAUCCAACCAAAAUUGCAAAUAGUUCACAUGUGGCGACUCAAAGAAAUAGAGAUACAAGUCAUCAGAUUACAAAUCAAAGAACUGUUUCUAGGGGACCAAUGAUAAACCAAGCAAGAGAGAGGGCAAUUAAUGCAGCGAGAAUGUUUAAGCCGGAAAAUCCUUUCCAUAUGUUUAUAUUGCGCUCAGAUAAUGUAGACCACCAUUUUACCCCCCUGUAUAUACCAUCAGAAUUUGCCAUGAAGAUCAAGUGUUUGCUUGGUGUUUCAGAUAUUGUUAAGCUUCAGGUUUCUGAUGGAAGAGAUUGGUGUGUUCGUUGCAUUCAUGACAGAGGACCUUGGGCAAAAUUAAGUAAGGGCUGGGCUGCAUUUGUAAGGGAGAAUAAUUUGGUGGAAGGAGAUAUAUGUGUCUUUGAGCUGAUCAAGGUUAAGGAUAUUGUGCUAAAGGUGUCCAUAUUUCGUACCGCAGAGUAUUCAGGGCAACCGAACCAACCUCAUCAGUUUGAUGAAAGAAAAUAUUCAAAGGAUACAAAUCAAAGAACUGUUUCUAAUGGGCAUGAAUCAUUGGUAAAACAAGAAUGUUGUGCAGAAAUGCUUGGUUCAAUAACUUGUUCGACAGGGGGACUAGUGAUAAACCAAGCAAGUGAGAGUGCAAUUAAUGCUGCAAGUAUGUUUAAGCCUGAAAAUCCUUUCCAUAUGGUUAUAUUGCGUUCAUACAAUGUAAAACGUCAAUUGGUCAUGAAUAUACCACGGGAAUUUGCCAUGAAGAUGAAGUGUUUGCUUGAUCUUUCUGAUUUUGUUAAGCUUCAGCUUUCUGACGGAAGAGAAUGGCGUGUUCGUUGCAUUCCCCAAGAUAAACGAGGAAGAGGAGCGGGGGCAUUAUUAAGCCAGGGCUGGGCUACAUUUGUAAGGGAAAAUAAUUUGGUGGAAGGAGAUGUUUGUGUCUUUGAGCUGAUCAAGGUUAAGAAUUUUGUGAUUAAAGUUACCAUAUUUCACGCUGCUGCAUCUGCAGGGCAAGCAAACCAACCUCUGGAGUGAAACCAUAUUUGUAUUUUUGUGGUUAUUAAGGUAUUUCUAUCUGGGCAGCUCUAUAUCACUACUAGUUUUGCUUAAUUUUGUUCCAUCCAUCAAAAGUUGUCGCUCAAUGAUUUGUGGUUGCAGUAUACUUCUGAUGUAUAUAUAACCCUUUUUAUUUUUUCGUGUUUUA